CCAGGGCAGCCGUUUGCUCGACACGCCAGCGCACGGCACUCCUUGUUCAAUACAGAGACCGCCAUGAAUCCCAAGUCUUUGCUACGCCGAAGACGGACCGUGAUUGGUUUCCCCCACCUCUCUCUACGUGAUCCAGGAAAUAGCAAUGGGCCCAUCGUCAACCCACCGGCCACCAUAGCUGAGUCCAUCUCUUGCAAUUUUGUCCCUGAUGUGGUCAAUGGAAGGAGCUCCACUCGCCAAGCCCGGUCUCCUCAGUCCCGACCACAGCUGAGAAAGACCUUCAGUGAUCUCGGGGGAGUCCUACAGGGACGAGGUUGCCAAAUCCAAGCAGGCCGUGCUGAGAACCCCAAGGUGAUGUACGCCAGCCCAUUGUGCAAUGGUCCCAAAGAGGACUCCAUCUUCUCUCCUGGUUGCAGCACAUCCUCCUUCUGCUACACCAACUCUUCUGUGAGCCAAAAUGAGGUGGCGGCAGCAGAGAGCGCGUCUCAGAUGUCUCCUUGCACACCCAGGGACACUCCAGAGGCAGAUCAACUUUCUUCUUUCUUCAUUAGCCAAGACAAUAUGGCUGGGGUGAAUGAGUGUGGGACGUUUUGCACUUCUCCAGAGUCCCCCUUAGAGGCUGAGGGAAGCUCGAGGUGUGGAACGAGAGACGUCAAAGUCCCUGCAGCCCUUGUCAACUCAAGUGAAGAGGAAUCGUCCCAACUGGAGAGGGAGAGAAUCAUGUGCAAAUUCCGUGAGAGGUCACUUUCUGUCCCUACAGACACAGCCUCCCUGUGCUCAGUGGACAUUGGGGGCAGUGAGACCUGUGGCCUUAGUUAUCCCAGUGCCAGCUCGGAGGGGAGCACCAGCACAGACAACAUCUCCCUGGCUCUGGAGCAAGAGGCCCGAAGGCAGCGCCGACAACGAACCAAGAGCAUCUCUCUCAAGAAGGCCAAGAAGAAGCCUUGCCCACCCAUGCGCAGCGUCUCCUUGAUAAAAGAAGGGCAAGUCGGCGAAGCAGAAGUGAGUGGUGAGGCACUGCCCCAGGAUCAGAGACCCAAAAGUCUUUAUUUGCUGCCCGAUGCACAGGUCCACAGCAAAGUCCAAGGUGAUCCAGCAAGGGAAUUGGAGAGCAGGCCAUAUGCCCAGCAGGGCUUUAUGCCUGAAUGGAAUUCUGGGGAUCCUUAUUGCUCCUUGUCCGGAUCCAGCACUGCUACUGGGACUACUGUAAUUGAACUGUCCAAGGUAUGUGGUAGUUCUGAGUCCCUCCCAUCUCCUUCCGUCUCCCGGGCCACCACCCCAUCUCACCUCUGUGCUGACAUGAGUCUGAAAACCUCUUCCCCAGGGAGGUUGACAGGGCUAAUGUCUCCCUCCAGUGGCUACUCCAGUCAGUCUGAAACGCCAACCCCAACCGUUCCAACAUCCAUGGUUCUGGGUCAUGCUCCUCACCAGAGUGGACGGACAAGGCCCCUUGUGCCGGAGAGGAAGUCCUCCCUACCCCCUGUUUCUCCUAUGGAACGAAGCCCCAAGUCUCGUCUCUCCUUCGACCUGCCCUUUGCCCCACCAACACACCUGGACCUCUCGGGCUUGAAGAUCUCGCACAAGAGCAAAGCCAAAGUAAGCCGACACCACUCGGAUUCUACCUUUGGAGCCAAGUUGGGCCCGAAGCUGAGUCCGGUGCAGCCGGUUAUGCCCAUGGUGACCCAGCUAGACCUGCGUUCUGUCCGUUUGCGUUCUGUCAGCUAUCAAGUCUUGUCUCAUCAUCCCUUUGUUCACAGAUCCAAGAGGAAGUUGCUGGGAUGGAAGGAACCCAGUGACUCUUUUGGCAACCGACCAAAUUCCCAGAUGCCCAUCAAGAACGCCGCAGGGCUUGUGAUCAACGAAUGCCCUUCCAGCACAAGCAGAGCCUCGAGCAGAAACGAGGACUUUAAGGCUCUCCUUCAGAAGAAAGGCGGCAAGGGGGCCUCAGGCAUCCGAACCUCUGCAGCUGAACUUCUCAAGACCACCAAUCCCUUGGCUCGGAGGGUCAUGACUGAGUUUGCUGUGGACGGGACAAUCCCAAGCUCCAAAAUCCAGCCCUGA